AUGGCGUCCGGCGGCUACCGGAGCAGCGGGGGCAGCACCACGGACUUUCUGGAGGAGUGGAAAGCCAAGCGGGAGAAGAUGCGGGCGAAGCAGGCGCCGCCGCUGCCGGGGGCACCGGCCGGGACUGACGGCAAAGCCCCCGGGAGCGCCUCCUCGGCUGCCGAGCUCAACAGCACCCUGCACCCCGCCGGCCUGGCCGCUCCGCCGCACCCCCCGGAGCGGGGCGCCCCGUCCCCCAGCGGGGGCACGAAUUGUGUCCCCCUCUCCGCCAGAGCCGGCUCCAACGAGCCCCCGCCCCCAGCCGGGGGCAGAGCGGCCGAGCCUGCGGGGAAGUCCCCCGCCGCGCCCGGCUCCCCGGAGGAGGAGAAGGCGGCGGCGAAGGGGAAAAGCUCCGGUCCCAGCGCCAGGAAGGGGAAGGGGCAGAUCGAGAAGAGGAAGCUGCGGGAGAAGAGGCGAUCGACAGGUGUGGUGAACAUCCCCGCCGCCGAGAGUCUAGAUGAAUAUGACGAUGAUGAAACAGGACAGAAGGAGCGAAAGAGAGAAGAUGCUAUUACACAGCAGAAUACAAUGCAGAAUGAAUCUGCCAGUGUAGACCCAGGUGGCUCAUACCUAAUACAGGAAUCCUCUAGGACAGUUUCAAGCAGAUAUAAAAGUGCAACUAAUGCACCUGAAGAUGAUGGUCCAAAUCGAUAUUCCCGAACAGACAGGACAGGAUAUAGCAGAUACAGCAGGGAUGCAAAUUCUUCUGGGAAUUCUGUACCAAGCAGUGCUUUGGAAAAGAGGAUUGAAGAACUUGAAAGGGAACUAGCCAAGGAGAGGCAAGAAAAUGUAAGAUUAUUGAGGAUGACACAGGACAAAGAGGAACAGAUUGGGAAAUUGAAGGAAGAAAUUGAUUUAUUAAACAGAGACCUAGAUGAUAUCGAGGAUGAAAAUGAGCAAUUAAAGCAGGAAAAUAAGACCCUCUUAAAAGUUGUUGGACAGCUGACAAGGUAG